AUCACGUAGUCUACCUGAUUUGGCACGGCACUAGCACUGUGUGUGAAUGGUGUUGGUGUGGGAUGGAAUUUAAAAUUCGAUAUUUUGUUAUGUAGAUACCGGUAAAUAAUAUUAUGCGUAGGAGCUAUAAAACUUCAAAUAAUCUCAGUUUCAAUGUUGCACGUAAUUAAACCUUCCUCUUUAACGUCGGAAAAACAAUGGCUGUUCCUCACGAAAUGCUUUUACAUCCAGAACUAUUGAGUAAUGAACAACUAACCCACAUAAUAGAACAGAGACAUUUGAGAAUUGAUGGGAUAGAAAAAAUGCCGAGAGAUGACUUAUUGGACUUAUUUCAUCAAUACUGCGUUCCGUACGGACAAAGAAAAUACCGGGAUUCUGGAAGAGGUAAAAUAUUGAAUAGAACUCGUCAUAUCAGUCCGGAGCCAUCGCAAUCUUUAAAUAAAAUCAAAGAAACUAGACACACUACAUUUGAGCGAAUCAAACCCCCUCCUGAUUUAUUAUCAGGUCACAUGAAACGGAUAAAGCUAGAAAAUGUAACAACAAAGUGCUCACACAUGAAUAGUAAUAAUCAUAAAAGGAAAAUCAUCAAUGAUCCUAACUCUGAGCCUAUUCAAGCAAAAAAAGAAAGAAAAGUAAUAACAUGGCCUUAAAGCAAAUCAAUUUAAAAGAAAUCAGGCAGCACAAUAAGAUACAUUAAUGAAGAUGUUCAAAAUGCUCAGGAGAUCUGAAGCAUUCAACAGGAUCUCAAAAAUAAUAUUGCCAUGUCAUUGACACAAUAUAUUGUGAUGUAUCAGAAACUAUGCAAUUUCUUUGUUCUCAGUCUAUUUAAUGAUGAUGAAGUUUAUACACAUAAGAUAUUAAUUUAAGUUCAAUUUUAUA